AUACAGCAAUAUAUAUGUAUUUAUAUAUAUAUAUGUGUGUAUGUGUAACUGAUAAACAUAAUGAGCAUACGCAGCUUAUGAACUAAAAGAGACUGCGGAAGAGAGACGGAGAGUGAAAUUUGGCAAGGCGAACGAUCAAAAGAAAUACAAAGCACAUGCUCGCUCAUGAAUGUGAGGUGCCGCUAAAGCCGCCGCGUCGCCAAAAGUUGCCACAACAAGAACAACAACAACAACGACAACGACAACAAAAGCAUCAGCAGCAUCUACUCGAGCAGGAGCAACAACAAUUAUUACCAGAUUCUCUGCCUCGGAGCAAACCAAACAUGUAUUCGAAUCUACGCUACGCCCGCACCAAUCUCAGCCACAGCAGUCUGCUGCUCAGUCAGCACCAGCAAAGCUCAUUCGAUGGCAGCAGCGCUCCCGCGUCCGCAUGCACGGAGCGCACGGAGAGCAGCGAGACGCUUGAUUCGCAUUUAACACGCGAACGUGAUAGGGAUAGGGAAAGGGAGCGCUUACCAUUGACACUGCCAUCCGGGCGUAUUGUGCCCACUGCUGUUGCUACGACAAAUAGACGCUAUGCCUUGGCAAGCGCUCUACAUGCGACUGCCAAGUUGGCCGCCAGUGUUGAUCCCUUUGCAGCGGCAGCAACCGCUGCUGCCACACCGAUUCAACAGCAACAGCAAAUGCAUUCGCCUCUCAGUCGUCAUAUCCAUUCGGGUGGAAGCAGCUUUGUUGGUUCGUCGCGCCAUCUCAACUAUAGCAAUUUGCCAUUAAAUUCGCUGCAUUCGCGUUCGCCGCCCGCAUCAUCGCUACCGCUGCCGUUGCCGCUUCCAUUGCCUUUACCAGUGGUAGGAGCUUCAACUUCCAUACCACAGACACAAACUCAAACUCAAACUCAACCUCAAACUCAAAUACAGACACAUACACAAAAAUCAUCCUCAUCAUCCAGUGCAUAUUAUCCAUAUAAAUUGCGCACCUACGAACAACAUCAAUUCUCUCGAUUUCAGUCACACCACCGUCGAACCGCCCGCAGCAGCAUGUCGCAAUCUGGCGAGGAUCUACACUCGCCCACUUACCUCUCGUGGCGCAAGCUGCAGCUGAGCCGUGCCAAACUAAAGGCUUCCAGCAAGACAUCGGCCCUGCUCUCGGGCUUUGCCAUGGUCGCUAUGGUGGAGGUGCAGCUGGAUAAGGACACCGAAGUACCUCCUGGCAUGCUAGUGGCCUUUGCCAUUUGUACCACAUUGCUGGUGGCAGUCCAUAUGCUGGCCCUCAUGAUAAGCACCUGCAUACUGCCCAACAUUGAGACAGUCUGCAAUCUGCACAGCAUCUCGUUGGUGCAUGAGUCGCCGCACGAGCGCCUCCAUUGGUAUAUUGAGACGGCAUGGGCGUUUUCGACGCUGCUCGGACUCAUACUGUUUCUGGUGGAGAUAGCGAUACUGUGCUGGGUGAAGUUUUACGACUUGAGCACGACGGCCGCGUGGUCAGCGGUUGUGGUGCUGAUACCCGUUAUGAUUAUCUUCCUUGCCUUUGCCGUUCACUUUUAUCGCUCGCUGGUGACGCACAAAUACGAGGUGACUGUAUCCGGCAUACGUGAACUGGAAAUGCUUAAGGAGCAGAUGGAGCAGGAGCACAUGGAGGUACAAAACAAUGCGCGAAACAAUGGAUUCAACUAUAGUGCCUCUGGCGAUAUUGUUUAAGCCAAAUGUAUAUUGCCCUCUUCUCAAUGCAACUCGUAAAGCAAAAAGACACAGCGGCCCGUGGCCCCCGCUAACCUUCUUCCCCGAUUGCCUUUGGGGGCCGGACAUAAAUCGUUAGACUAAACCACUUGUUUGUGAAUUAUUGUAGUAAAUGCCAAUUGUGAUACGCAUAACGCAAUAUACAUAUAACUAUUAACUAUGAAUAUACAUAAAUACAUAUUUUUUACUACUUUAUAUACGAUCAGUGUUUGAGAUCAAGCCGAUUAAAUAUAUAA